UAUCAAGUGAAUCCUGGGGAGAGCAUAGGAUAAAGAACAGAAGGGGUGAUCUGCUCAGAGUUUGAGACAUCUUCUGGAAGCCUAGACUUGGGGUCUUUGAGAAGGCAGCCUUGAAUUGAAAAGCCUCUGCUCAGCAGAAGCCAGACAGGACCAGCCCUGCCUGAGCCCCAGCGAGCGUCAGAAGUGGCAGAGGAGCCCGUGCUUCGAGGUGCCUGUCCAUCCUCUUCCUUCUGGGUGGUCCCUCUUCUGGCAGGAAACCCUGCAUCGUGUACAUUUCAUAUCAGCUCCUGGCCAGCUCCUUUCCACGGGAUCCACAGAGCGCAGAUGGUUCAUUGAACGUGGACAUCUGCAACAGUGCGCCUAGUGUCCACGGCAGUGUUCUUUGCUCUACAGCAACAGGGUCAUUUCAAGUGAGUCAGUUCUUCGCAUCAGGUGGCCAAAGUAUUGGAGCUUCAGCUUCAGCCUUCUUUCCCGUGACAGCUCCAGCCCCAGUCACGGAAGUUCAGGAGGGUGGAGACAAAGAGUCGGUGGGGAGAGCCAUGCGGACUGAGCAAGCGAGUGGAUCAGGGACACGCAGGAGACGGGUGAGAUUUCCAGAAGAGGAGCCGCCCACCGCACAGGAUGGAUGGUGGCAAAAGACCUUGCGGGCGCUAAAGACCCUUCUGCUCUUCAGUAUAAUCCUUGGUGUUUCUCUGCUGCUUUGGGGCUACGUGUUCCAGGGCUGUGGUCCUUCCCCUUGCAAGACAUCUGUGUGUCAGGACCUCCUGGCUCUCUACCUGGCCUCUGGGAACACCAGUGUGGCCCCCUGCACUGAUUUCUUUAGCUUCGCCUGUGGAAACGCCGACAGGACCGGCAGUCCUUUUCAGGCUCUUGAGGAGGAGAACAAGCUCCAAGUUCGAAGAAUCCUGGAAACUCCAGGUUCCUGGCGCCUGGCCCCUGGGGAGGAGAAAGCCUUUGGAUUCUACAACUCCUGCAUGAACACGGGUGCCAUUGAGGCAGCAGGGGCCGGUCCCCUCAGACAGGUUAUUGAGGAGCUUGGCGGCUGGCCGACCUCUGGUAACUGGACUCCUUCAGAUUUUAACCAAACUCUGAGCCUUCUGAUGAGUCAAUAUGGUCACUUCCCAUUCUUCAGAGCCUAUUUGCAACGUCUUCCCACCCCUCCACACCUGCCAGUCAUCCAGAUAGACCAGCCAGAGUUUGACGUUCUCCUCAAGCAAAAGCAGGGAUCGAAUUAUGCCCAGAUCCUGCGGGAAUACCUGAAUUACCUGGAUCGCCUGGUAACCUUGCUGGGAGGAGACCGAAACCAAGCGCAAAAUCACGCCUCCUUUUCCCUCGCCAUUAACUCACAGUUGAACCAGAUGCUGGGGCCUGGGGAGCAGCAGCGUGCCCAGGACAAGGUCUUCGAGAUGGUCACGAUUGACCAGCUGCAGAGAAUGGCCCCUACCAUUGACUGGUUGUCCUGUUUGCAAGCGACGUUCACACCGAUGGCCCUGAGCCCCUCUGACCGCGUUGCAGUCCAUGACCUGGCGUAUUUGAAGAACAUGUCGAAACUGCUUGAGAUAAAGCUGUCGGAGCACAGGGACUUGCUGCAAAGCCACAUGAUCUUCGGGCUGGUGAAGACACUUUCCCCAGCCCUGGACAGUCAGUUCCAAGAGGCACACAGAUCGCUGAACCAGAAAUUGGGGGAACUGACAGGACACCCACCCAUGCCGGUCCACCCUCGCUGGAUGAUGUGCAUGGAGAAGACAGAAGCCUUCUUCGAGCCCACACUGGCCACCUUGUUCAUCCGGGAGACUUUCAGACCCAGCACCCAAAGUGCUGCCAUGGAAUUAUUCACUGCCAUCAAGGAUGCCUUCAUCAGUCAUCUUCAUACGGUUCCCUGGAUGGAUGGAGAGACCCGGGCAGAGGCCCAGGACAAGCUUACCCAACUGCAGGUGAAGAUGGGGCCCUCGGACUGGGCCCUGAAGCCAGACCCGGCCAGACAGGAAUACGAUGACAUACAACUUGGACCCAGCUUCCUCCAGACCUUCCUGAGUUGCGUCCGCUCCCGCCAAGCCAGAGUCGUCCAGGAGUUCUUGCAGCCUGUCUCCAAUCACAGGUGGCAGGUGCCCCCCUGGGGCCUCAAGGCUUACUAUUCAAUACCUGACCACGUGAUGGUCUUCCCAGCCGGACUCCUCCAACCCCCGUUUUUCCACCCUGGCUACCCCAGAGCCGUGAACUUCGGUGCCGCUGGCGGUAUUAUGGCCCGUGAGCUGUUGCACAUCUUUGACCAGCUCUUACUCCCUGGGGGCUGCCCGGCCUGUGACACCCGUGCCCUGCAGAAAGCGCUGCUGUGCCUGGAACGCCUCUACACUGCCUUACCCUCACCCAAGGGAACCUCCUUCGAUGUCUCCCGCACGCUCCUGGAGGAUGCUGCAGACGCCGGGGCACUGGCCAUUGCGCUCAAGGCAUACAAAAAGAGGCUAGUACUGUUCCGUGGGGAAACCAUCCUGCCCAGCCUAGACCUCAGCCCCCGGCAACUCUUCUUCCGAAGCUAUGCCCAGGUGAUGUGUAGGGACCCCAGCACCCAGGAUCCUCAGGACAUUCACAGCCCUCCUACCCUUCGCGUCCACGGGCCCCUAAGCGACAGUCCAGCCUUCGCCAGACACUUCCGCUGUCCCCAGGGGGCCCUCCUGAACCCCUCCCGCCGCUGCCAACUCUGGUAACCUGGCCGGCUCCCAAAGAGGUCUCAGUACAGGUGUAUCGGCAUCUCUGCGCCCCAUCCCUGGAACCAGGGCAACACCUCCUCUGCCCUUCCAUGCCAAAAAUAAAAGCUGGCCCU